CCUCCUUCCUCUUGUAGUAGUAUAGAAAAUAAAGAUCGUUCGAAUUGAGCGCCCCCUUGCCAGGAUUUUGAACUUUGAAAUUUUUGAAAUCGCACGACUCAAUGGGAAUUGUCUAAAUUGAGGGUUAAUAAGAUGAUAUAAGAUUUGUUAGAUAACGUUUCUUUGAAAAUUGAACAAAUAUGUUUUAAAAUCUUGUAAAUAUCUUGUAUAAUGUGUUACUCAAAAUGGCCGAUGAACAGGAAUUAUUCUUGAUCGAGUUUCUGGUCGACAAAGUUAAAAUUCCUGUGAUUAGAGCUAUGCAAGAGGAAUUGUUACCAGCUUCCACGUGUGUUUCAUUUCAAAUUCUCAGUUUACCCCCAAUCGACAUUUGCCAAGAAGCAUUAACGGACGGGUGCGGUUGCAUCGAGGGCGACACGCAGGUUUUCAAGAAGGGUAAAUCCUGUUUAUUCGCUUUGCCAUCGAUAGUUCUUCAAAGGCCUUUGACCACCUUCCCCAUAAAACUGUCCGUCUACAAAAAAUUGCCACCUGGGGUAUUGCCGGAUGUAAUGUUGAUCGGUUCGUACCAGAUCGAGGCGAAAGCGAUAAUAAACGCCGUGUUGAGCCAACAGGUGUUCAAAAUACCUAAUCCUUGCCAAACGAUCAAGGACACGUUCAAAAUCACGACAACAACCGGCCAAUGCGUUGGAUCCGUGACAGUAUACAUAAGAGCUUCCUGUUUCGGCAAGAAGAUCAUCACCCAGUUUCAAAUACCGCACAAUAGGAAACCGUAUCUUUUCAAGGGGGCCGACGACAGUCCUGUCUUCCAAUGCAAAAAAAUACCCUCCGAAUGUUACACACCGGCCCCCGUUAAAUGCACCUGCACGAAGAAGUGCGAUGGAAGUGGUGAGACGGCAGGAAGGACCUGUUGUGCGACGCCUAUAGUGCAAACCAACUCGUGUCCCCCGUUGCCCAAACAACCCGAUUACGGUCCACGGCCUUGCUGCGCCACGCGUCAAGGAAAACAGUGUCCAUGCUCACCGAAAGCACGACGAAAAGAGCAACAGACGUGUCCCUGUUCAACCGAUCAAACGUUCGCUGCGAUACGAGAAGCAGCUCGUCAAGAAGGAAAAUGCACUCCGUGUGCGGAACCACCUCCUUGUCCACCUUGUUGCGGUGCUGCCACGCCGAAAAAGUUUUCCGAUCUGAUCACUAAAGAAACCGUGAAAAAAUGUGGAUGUCCUGUGAAGGAUUAUAGUUGCAACUGUUGUAAAUCUAAAUGAAAGAAGAUAAUUUUCAAGGAAAAUGCGUAACAAUUAAUCAACCCGUAUCACGCAUUAAUUAAGAUUCUCAUUGAAAACAUACUAAUAACUCUUCAAUUGGAGGCGAUAUUUCUACACGUUCUCCUCGAUCCGGAUAGAAAAACGAGGCGGAUAAAACCGGCAAUUAAAGGGGAAACUUUCUCGCAAUUAAAACGGCCGGAAGAGGUGAUCGGUGAACCGUGUUGGGAAAGGAUAGACGUGAGGAAUGGGGAAAACGCGAAGACAAUGGAGCGGGGAGAUGAGAAAAAGAAGCGCAAGUCGAAGAAAGUUGCGAAAGAAUUGGAAAGAAAGAAGAAGAUCCGGGAGGAGAGGGAGAAGCGCGAGGAGGAGGAGGAGAAGGAGCGUUUACGCAAAUGGGAGGAGUGUUGGGAGAGGAAGUUUCAGGCCCAGGAGGAGCGCGAUCACGCGGAAUGCUGCGUGGAUAAAGGUUUCUGCCUUAAACCGAGGACGCAGUCGAAUAUUUGGAUCAAUAUUACUCAGGACAGAUCGCUCCAAGAAAUACAUAUGGCCAUCAAGAAGAAUACAAGAAUGAAUUGCAACGUAAAAUCGACAUUUUAACGAAACGAAGUAAAUGUUAAUAUAUGCAGACACGUGCCGGUUCCAAAACCAAAGCCUCCGCCUCUGCCGCCUUUGCAAAAGCCAACGGUCCCAAUUUCCCAACCGGUGGAGAAAAUCGUCGCGGUAAAGGAAAAAGAAACGAAAAAAGUCGAGAAGGAAAUAAGCACGGAAAAGAAGAAGAAGAAAUGAUGAAGUUCGAGUUCAUUCGGUGAAUGAUUCGAUCCACUUCUUUUUCACUCUUCUCCUUUAUUUCUUCCUUUUUUUAAUUCCUUUUUCUAUUCCCUUUAUUAGGCAGUUUUUUCCUUUCUGCUCGUCGAGAUAUUUAUAAAAAUACAUCGGGAUCCACGACAACGACGUCACGACACGUUAUUUUCGUCGUGUUCGGGGUACAGUUCGGCGAAGUACAGAAAUGGAAAUAGUGGAGAAACAUAAAAGAAAGAGUGGGAUGUUCUCUCCUGUUUUCCUCCCAGUUUUCAUUCUCUUUUAAUCUAAAUGUCACAAUAAAAUAAUGUAACAAAAACAGCAAUGAAAAUGAAACGAAUUUCUUCGAUACUGUUUAACAACAUAAAAACCGAUUACAUAUACGUAUAAUAGAAAAUAAAAUUACCAAACGAAUAAAUCUAACAAAUUAUUAUUUAAAAAAAAAUUAUUUUUCGCAAUACUUUCCUCUAUCCUAAGAAAUGGCAAAUAUUUUAACAACCUCGCGACUCCAUAUAUAUCUCCAAUAUAAUAAAACUGACUGUUUGCGAGCACCGUUCAUAAUACAAUAAACGUGAAAAGGAAAGAAAGUUGCAUUAAAAUAAGAGAAAACUCGAUACCGAUUUGACCGACACCGAAUAUUCCUUCGAAUAGGAGGAAACGAAUAAUCAUCGGCUGCGAAAAAAUUGCACGCGCGAGAAGUUAUUCCUAUCCCGCGAAGGGAGAAGGGAAGAGAGAGGAAGGCGGGUGACAAAAGGUGACGGAAGGAAGGAAGGAAGGAAGGAAGGAACGAAGGGUGAACGUGAGAGAGGAGGGAUCACUGGUGAGAUGAUGAGAGCACAGCACUGCGCGUGCUCUCUCUCUCUUUCCUCCGCCACCCCCGGUGCCCACCACCGAACGGCCGGGGUUGUAAGCCGAUAUUGUCGGGCAAGCGCAUUGGGAACCGGCGACACCAGCCGGUUGGGAACGAAGAUAACAAUAAAAGAGCACAAGUAUAUAAUCGCGCCUAAACGCACGCGUUUAACCUCGGCGGCCUGGCUGGCUGGCUGGCUGGCGUCGCCUGUCCAAAUGUAAGCACGAUGAGAGGGAGAGAAACGUGAAAGUGACGACGCUCGAAAGUGAAUAAAGAACGGGGGAUUAAACCUAGCCUCGAUUAAACCUACCACUAGCUAGGAUCCCUCCCCCCAGGUGGUGGUGGUGAUCGAAAUCCGGGCGAGAGAGAGAGUGAGAGAGGGAGAGAGAGAAAGAGA